AUGGGCUCGGCUCAAACACGCAUUGGAACAUCAUUUACCCACCACGACUUCGACGAAACAGGAUGCAGCCGAAAGCACAUCAGACGACUAUUCACGAAUAAAGACUUCAUAUAUACGUGGUUAUCCAUAUUUGAUCCAGAGGAUCCUUCGAAAGCAGCACUGUCACCUCCUCGAAGUGCAACCCCCCUCCUGUCGUACGCCGUAGCUACGGGCAUCCCAGACUAUGUCAGUGAAUCUUUCAGCGAUGGCGCGAACGUCAAUGAACCAAACCAGUAUGGAAGACGGCCGUUGCAUACGGCAGUGAAGUACGGUCUCGUCCAAAUAUUAGAAGAACUUCUCGAUCAUGGUGCGAUUCCCACUGCCAAGGACGUGAACGGCGCCAUACCGUUGGUAGAGGCUGCUGGAUCAUAUAACUACGAAUUGUUCCCUUUGCUAUACAAGAGAACUACAGAGGGAGAGCUCACUCGUGCCGACACAAGAGAGACUACGGUGUUACAUACUAUAGCCAUGAGAGGGACCAGCGCUGCUGCCGAACACAUGAUUCGUGGGAGAAGUGGCUCGCUAUUGCUAAAAAGGAAGGAGAAGCAUCGAAAGCAGAUGGCGCUCAUCGAUAUGAAGGACGAGGAUGGAUGUACACUUCUGCAUCGAGCUGUCGCCGUAGGAAACAUCUGGACUGCAAGGGUCUUCCUUCAACACGGCGCCGACAUCGACUCGGUUGACAACACCGGGAACACUUCAUUACACUUCGCGAUCAAGAUCCAUCAGGAUGCCUCGAGGGACCUUCUCUUGGACCAUGGAGCAAUCCCCACGAUCAAAAAUAAGGACAAGAAAACACCGUUAGAGCUGUCCUGGGCGAGCAAAUCUCUCGGUUGGGCCAAGUACUCGGAAGACGUGGAGCGAAGUGGGAAGGUGAGUAUCGGAGCGCAGGCAGCUUGCCAUGUACUCAGAAAGAAAUCAGGCUGCGAUGGCCCCGAGUUCAUAUUCCGUAAGACGUACGCCAUUUCGCAGAAAUCGCUAGAAGGGUAUAGUGUGUAUAGAGCGCUGCUUCGCGAAAACCGCACCCUUCAGCGCUUCCAACAUCCAUAUAUCGUCGCCUAUCUCGGAUAUGAGGAGCUCGUUACUGAGCAGGCUACUGAGGCUAGACUGUAUCUGGAGUACUGCGAGGGCGGAGAUCUGCAGAAGUCGUAUGUUAAGCUUACUCUGCCCUCAUCCGAUGCCUUGGAUGAAGAAGAAGAAGAAGAGGACUACGAGUUGGCUCAACGCUUCUUGGAGCUUAAUAAAGUUGAGAACCUGAAGGAGGCGGAGAUGUGGGAUCUGAUCUAUCAGUUAUUUGCGGCUCUGGCUUAUCUCCAUUACGGAUUGUCCAUAUCCGAAGAGGGCGCCUGUAGGUUCGAACACAAUUGGGAUCCAGUGGUCCACCGGGAUAUAAAGCCACACAAUGUGGUUUUGACCACAGAUUCCAAGGGUCGGCGAAUAGCUAAGCUGUGCGAUCUUGGCAUUGCAAGGCCGUUCGUGAAUGUGAAUCAGUCUAGGGCUUCUGACCGAGGAUCCCAGGACUAUUCUCCCCCUGAGACGUUUGAUCCGAAAAUUGAAGAGAAAGACAGAAAGUGGACGAGCAAGGGGGAUGUUUAUAGCUUGGGCAAGACCCUGGGUAGACUAAACAUGGACUUCUCACCGACUGGCCAGCUGAAAGAGAUCCUCGAAAGUUGCCAACAUCGAAAUCCCGAAGAUAGGCCCAACAGCCUCUCCGUCCUUGAAGUUGCGCAACAUCACGUGGAAAACCCGUUCCCAUCAUUGGAAGAAAAGCUAGGCGGCAGACCGGGAGGAUAUAUCAUGCAGGCCUUCCUUGAAAUCGCAACGGACCUGGAUAUGUUUAGAGGCGAGGUAACGCGCCGACGAAAAAAGCUCCUAGGACGUCUCAACCUACUUCUUAAGGACGGCGCAAGGACCCCGUUUCGUAAGUAUUCCCGGUCUCUGCAUCUUGCGGUGCUGUUAGGGGAGGAGGAGCUGCUUCGGCGACUGUUGUCAGAAGGAGUAGAUCCAAACGAAAGUUGGCCGAGGUCUGACUGGACGCCUCUUCAUUUGGCGGCCCAGAAGGGGGAAGCAAAAGCUGUCCGUGCCCUUUUGGAAGCCAAGGCAGCUAUCUUGGAGGACCGCAGAGGGCUUUCGCCGCUAGAAUAUGCGUCGCAGGAGGAUGCGAUGGAAAUCCAGGAGUAUAUGCGCAAGUCAUCCCCCGACGGCCACCACGGGGACCUCAGAUGA